AUGGUCUUGAGCUCCACCGACGCCGCCGAACUGGCGAGAUCGCCUCUUUCCUACCUCGAGCAGAGGUGCCAUGCGCUCCAUAUCGGGGCGAGCCUGAUCCCCGGUCUCGCCGGCGAGCUUCGUUGGAGGCGGGUGGCCACUCUGGUCGACAGGAGCUACAAGGUCAAGGCCUUCACACAAGCAGCCUUCAAAGCCAUCAGGAAGUGCCUGCAGGUCAUCAACGCCUCGCGCCCGGCAGACGGGCAGCUCGUCACGGACGACCUCUCGCUCCAGGCGCUUGCGAGCCCUGCGUUCGCAUCUCGGGUCGAGCUGACCUACGCUCUUGAGGUCACCUUCUACCUCAGCACCAUCCUCGGCUCGCUCAGCGCCGUGCCAAACCUGAGGUACGAGACCAAGAAGUUCGAGUACCGCCACAUUGCAGCCUACGGCGCCAUCUCUGGCCCGCUCUGCCGGGACGCUGUUCAGGACGCCCGCACUGAAUCGGAGCUCAUGUUUAAGGGCAUCGAAGCCGUCAAGCUAGCAACCAUCCUCGGGUUUGCCGUCAAAGAUUCGCAGACGGCAGGCAACGUGGCCCUCUUGGUCCGACUAAACUCGACCCUCGUGCUCCCCUCUGAGCUGAUCCCGAUUGGAACUGCGGUGGACAGCGCCACCAUCUACUCGGCCCCGCGACAACUCGCCGCGACGCUCCAGCACGAGCUCGAAGCCAAUGGCCAAGGAUGUGCAGCCAUCCUCGGAGUCAUGCAGCUGAUCGAGCCGUCUAAGGCCCAGCAGAUCCGCCAGGCCGCUCUCGACAUCUACGAGACCGGUGGUCUCAGGCCGAGAUCUUUCCAGAGCGACCAUGCCGCCCGGGCUCUUCAGGUCGCUCUCGAUGCAUCCCUCCAUGACUUCGAGGCCCACCAGAACGCUGUCGAUUCUAUUCACAGCACUACCAAGCAGGCUGGCUGCUCGUCUGCAGCGAGCGACCGCCCCAAGAUUGAGUUUGUCGGCUGUUCGCUCUCGUUCAUCAGAGACCACACUGACAUCUGCCAGCAGGUCGCUGGCGCUCAUAUCCGGCCGCACGCCCUGGACUCGGAUCGACCGAUCAGCUCGGACCCCUCACGUCGCUCUGCCAAGGCGUCCACCGUGAUUGGCACUCCCGCGGGCGAGAUCGCCAUCGUCGGCAUGGGCUGUCAUGUCCCCGGCGGCGGCGAGGGUCACGAAGCGUUCUGGAGGCUACUCCAGGACGGCCUCGACGUCCACCAGCCUGUGCCCGAGCGCCUCUUCAACAUCAAGGAUUACAAGAGCGCUAGCUACCGCGACCGAAACACGCUCAGAGCCAACCACAUGAACGCGCUCGAACGCCCGGAGAUCUUUGACCCUGCUUUCUUCGGCAUCGACGACGACUUCGCCCUCAAGAUGGACCCGCAGCAGAGGCUCGCGCUCCAAGUCGUCCACGACACGCUCGGCACGGCGGCCUACCACCCCGGCGCGACAAAGUCGUUCGACCCCGCCCGGAUGGGAAUCUUCGUCGGCGUCUGCUCCGACGACUACCGCGAGAACGUCUCGAUCGACAUCCAGCGGGGAUUCACCGACGGCACCUUUCGAGCCCAGAUCGCCAACCGCAUCUCAAAUUUCUACGGCUGGCAGGGGCCUUCGGUCACGCUCGACACCGCAUGCUCGUCGGCGCUGGUCGCCAUCGAGAGCGCCUGCUCCUACCUCGCCGCCGGCAAGUGCGACGCCGCUAUCGCCGGCGGUGUCAACGUCCUCACCCAGCCUCAGAUCUUCAUCGGUCUCGAUCGCGGCUUCUUCCUGAACAGCACGGGGCAGUGCAAGACAUUCGACGAGGGCGGCGACGGCUACAGUCGUGCCGACGCCGUAUCGUUCGUCAUGCUCAAGAGGAUGCAGGACGCUGUGGCUGAGGGGGACCGCAUUCUCGGCACCAUCUGCUCCGCGGCCACCAACCACAGCGGCGAGUCGCACUCCAUCACCCACCCGCACGCCCCGACGCAGCGCAGGCUGUACGAGGCCAACCUGCUGGCUGCCGGCCUUCGCCCCUGCCAGCUGGCCUAUCUCGAGUGUCACGGCACGGGAACCCAGGCCGGCGACGGACAGGAGAUGGCUGGCAUCCUCUCUAUCUUCGGCAAGGACAAGGAGAGGACGAGCCAGCUGAUUGUUGGCUCGGCGAAGGCCAAUGUCGGCCAUUCUGAAUCGGCCUCAGGCGCCACAUCGCUGGUCAAGACGCUCAUGUGCCUUGGAAAGCAGCAGGUGCCGCCGCACGUGGGCAUCAAGGGCGUCAUGAACAAGGGCUUCGGCGACCUUUCUCGCAUCAACAUCCCCAUCAACGGCGCAGAGAUGAGGCCUGCCGGCUGCGACGCUCGAUAUGCGAUGGUAAGCAACUUUAGCGCCGCAGGCGGCAAUACCAACAUGAUCAUCCGCGAGGGCCGUGCUCCAACUCGCCGCGCCAUCACUGGACUGGCCUACGAGGCUCUUCCCGACCUGAACCCCCGCAAGCACAUCUUUGCCAUCUCCGCCAAGAGCACCGCAUCUCUAUCCGCCCUGGUCGCCAGAUACCUCGCGCACAUUCGAAGCGGCGGGAUCGAUCUUGCGGAGCUCUGCUACAACUCGACCGGCAGGAGGCUUCACCAGACGCUUCGCGUCAGCGGCGUCGUCUCGAAUCUCGAAGACGUGAAGAAGCUGCUCGAGACGCAAAAGGUCGACGAAACCUCGCCGCCCGUCCGAGCUCCCGGCAGGCUCGCCUUCAUCUUCUCUGGUCAGGGCUCGCAGUACAUCAACAUGGCCCGCGAGCUUUUCGACUCGGUCCCGCACUUCCGCCGCUGCAUGCAGCGUUGCAGCCGCAUCCUGGCCGGCCUGGGCUACCCGGGCUUCCUCGACGCGAUCUACCCUGCCGCUGACGCCGCCGGAGAACCACUGGCACCCACCCCGUACGAGAACCAGGUCGGCAUCUUCGCCCUCGAGUACAGCCUCGCACAGCUGUGGCUGAGCUGGGGCCUGCAGCCCUGCGUCGUCGCAGGGCAUAGUCUAGGCGAAUACGCCAGCCUGUGUGUGGCCGGGGUGCUCUCGCUCCACGACACUCUAUACCUGGUCGCGACGCGGGCGACCAUGAUGGUCGAGCACUGCAAGGCAGACGUCUCUGGUAUGCUCGCAGUGCGCGAUACUCCGAUCAAGGUCGAAGAGGUGCUCGGUCAGGCCGAGAUCGAGCAUUGCGAUAUCGCGUGCCGCAACGGCCCACAAGACACCGUCGUGGCCGGCCCCCUCGAGUCGAUCGAGGCGGCGGCCAAGGCGCUCGAAACGGCCCACAUCAAGGCCUUCCGAGUCUCAGUGCCGUAUGCGUUCCACUCGACCGCCAUCGAGCCGCUAUUGGUCCCAUUCGCCGAGGCCGCCAAGAAGGUCAAGUUCAACGCACCCCAGAUCGCCGUCCUGUCCAACGUGCACGGCAGGGUCGUCCGACCUGGCGAGGACGACGUUUUCGGUCCGGACUACGUCCUGGCUCACGCCCGGCGAGUCGUUCGGUUUGGCGAGUCGAUCCAUGACUUCGCCUCGGCCGAGGAGAACAGGGAGGUCAAGCUGCAAUGGCUCGAGAUCGGACCUCAUCCGAUCUCGCUGCCGAUGAUCAAGGGCGUCCUGGCCGACAUAGGCCGGCCGGCCGAGCCCAGUGCGCUCGUACCGUCACUCAAGAAGGGAACCGACUCGUACUGCACACUGCUCUCGGCCGUGAACACCCUCUUUCAGCAGGGCUUCAACAUCCGUUGGCCCUCGUUCCACGUCAGCACCGCCACGGUGACGCGCACAAUCGAAAUGCCCGCCUACCCGUUCGAGGAAAAGAAGUUUUGGAAGCCCUUCCAGGACCGCGGCUUGCGCGACCAUCUCGUCAAGCCGCGGCCCGCCCUCGUUUCCCGCAUCCCUUCCCGUCAACGCAAACAAGGGCGACCCCCAAAGAGGUCCGGCGGCCAGAGCAGACCGUCGCAGCGCUUCCAGUCUAAGUACACUCUGCUCUCAGACGCCACUAUGACCGGCUCGCUCGCAACCGAUGAUCUGAGUUUCGUCAUCGAUGCCGCUCGCGAGCCAUCCGAGGCGCUCAUCAUGGGCCAUCUGAUCCGCGGAAAGGGUAUGAUGAGCGCAACUCUCAUCUCGGAACUCGCCCUCGAGGUAGGCUACUUUGCCUUCAAGCACGAGAGUCCGAACGAGCCCGAGCCGACCUUCCAGCUCCGCAACGUCAACAUGUUCGCCCCGUUCCUCAAGGAUGCCGGCGGAAGUGUCGGACUGCAGGUCAAGGUCCGCGGCACGCUCAGCAGCGCCGAGGGCCUCCACGUCGAGCUCUUCACCGCCAAGGACGCCAACCGCGCCGCCUCGCACCACGCCAGCUGCUACGUGCGCAUCGACGACGGCCAAGGCGAAAAGGAGUGGAAGGACAUCGGAGCCAUGAUCGAGGGCCGCAUCGAGAGCCUGCAAAAGAAUGCCGAGAGCUGUUUCCGCAAGGAGCUAGCCUACCAGCUCUUUGAGAACGUUGUCGAAUACACCGACGUCUACCGCGGCAUGGAUCAGAUCUACAUGACCGACACAGGCGACGAGGCGACUGCUGUCGUGGUGCGCUCCAUGCAGCCUACCGCUCGGUUUGUCUGCGACCCGGCGCUCCAAGACUCGUUCGGACAGCUCUCGGGCUUCAUCCCAAACGUCGGCAUCGUCGACGGCGACCACGUGGCGAUCGCCAAUGGCAUCAAGUCGAUCCACUUUAGCCAGGCUUUGAUCGACAUCAACGCCGACCCGGCGGCCAACGGACCGUACCUGACAUACUGCAGGAUGGUGGACGAGUCGCCGAACCACGAUGGCGUCUACGUCGGCGACAUUUACAUCACGGAUCCGCAGGGGCGCUACCUCGGCCUCUUCGGUGGAGUCCAGUUCAAGCGUGUCAAGAAGGGCAUCCUUGAUAGGCUCAUGUGCCUGGGCGGAUCGGCGAAAGCAGCAGCGUCGAGCAAGGUGCCCGCUGUCAAGGCUGUGUCAAAGCCUGCGUACAACCCUCAUUGUGAGCCCGCAAAGACGGUGUCUGAGCCGGCUGCAGUGGCGUCAAGACGGACUGGCACCGAUGGCGGCAGGAAUGGCGCAGCGCCGCUCCCUCAACCGCAACUGGUGCGCCUGUCGUCGUCGACUAUUAGGGGCAAAGCACCUCUCCUCCUGUUCCCGGACGGGUCCGGAUCGCCCUAUGCCUACCUCGAUCUCGCAGCCUGCCUGCCAACAACGAGCGAGACGCUGGCCUUUCAGUCGCCCUUCUUCGACAGUGCACAAGCUUGGACAGGACGACUGGACCAGCUCGUCUCGGUAUACGUCUCGUCCAUCUUGCAACAGUACCCGGAGCCCACCUCGCUGAUGCUGGGCGGGUGGAGCAUCGGCGGCUUGAUCGCGCUCAAAGUAGGCGCUUCGCUCUGCUUGCACGGCUACACUAUUCGGCAGAUCAGCCUCAUCGACUCACCGAUCCCGGACCCGGUGUUGCCGCUCAGCAGCGAGGCGCUCGAGAUAGUGGUGGGCAGGAUCCGCAAAUCUGUCGGUAUCGCUGGCGCCGCGGCGAACAAGAGGCAGGACAAGAUCGAACGGCACUUCCGCGACUGCGUGUCCAGACUCGCGGGCGAGGUUAUUGGUCCGGCCUUCCUCGACGGCGUCCCGGGCAUAGGCAAAAUUCUGCUCGUCGAUGCCACAAUCAAGGACGCUUUCCAGGAUGUCAUGUCCAACGAUGUGAUGCGGUGGCGGAAGGUCCUUGGCACCUUGGCCAGAAUUGAGAUCAAGAAGGUCAAGGCGGACCAUUCGACCGUCGUGCGCCAGCCCGCAGUCGAAGAGGUGGCGCGCUGUAUGUAG